UGCGGGCGAUUCUUUCCAACUGCUCCGGGGAGAGAACAGGUCCAGGCGAGCUAGAAAGUGCUGGCUCUGACUCCGUCGCCACGAAUUUUCGCUUCUUUGACAUUAUUUUGGUGUACAGAGUGGAAGAAAAGGGGUGGGCAUGCAAGAAACAAAAAGAUCUUCUGUGAAUACUAAUACAACAAAGAAACUCAAAGUUGAAGAGGAUGAAGUGAAGGAAGAGGAUGUUGAUGACGAAGACAGAUUUGGCAGAAUUUUCAAAUCCCGUUCCAUGGCAGAAAAUUGAAUCAGAGGAACUUGACUGUGAUUAUGCUCUUCUAUUCCCCAAAGAGGAAGCUGAUGCCCUCUUCAGAAAGCUGGAGGAGGAAAUAGUGUAUGCAACAGGGGAAGAAGCACAAGUUCAUGUAUUUGGGAAAGUUUACAACAUCCCAAGAAAACAGGCGACGUAUGGAGAUACUGGCCUUGCUUACACCUACUCUGGGGUUAAACGUUUAGCUUGCCCCUGGACCCCAACUUUGGAACAUAUCAGGGAAGUGGUCACUAAAACUACUGGACAGAUUUUCAACUUUGUCUUGGUGAACAGGUAUAAAGAUGGUUUGGACCACAUGGGGGAACACAGAGAUGAUGAGAAGGAGUUGGAUCCUCUCUCUCCAAUUGCCUCUGUAUCUUUAGGAGCUGCACGGGACUUUAUUUUCAGACAUAGAGAUGCAAGAGGAAAACACAACCACCUACACAUUGACCCCGUGAAGUUGGAGCUUGCUCACGGCAGCUUACUGCUCAUGAACCCACCAACAAACACAUUUUGGUAUCACUGUUUACCCAUACGCAAGAAAGUGACGACGCCACGUAUUAAUCUCACAUUUAGACGGAUUUUGAUGAGUGGUAAAAAGUGUAUCACCUAAAUUAUAUAAAAAAAAAUAUGUGUAGAGAAAUUGUGAAUUGUAAUUUAUACAAUGAAAAAUUAUUGGAGAGCCAAUCUGACAGUCUUCGCAAACAAGGGCUGUUUAGUG